AUGAGCGACAACCCGGACGUCCCCAACACGCAAAAGGCCUUUGUGCCCCUCGAAAACAAUCCCGAAGUCAUGAGCCACUUAGUCCACCAACUGGGCCUCCCAGCAAACAUCGGCUUCACAGACGUCUUCUCAAUCGACGAGCCGGACCUCCUCGCCUUCGUCCCCCGCCCCUCCCACGCCCUCCUCCUCGUCUUCCCCGUCUCAGGCACCUACGAAUCCUCCCGCCAAGCCGAAGAUAGCACAAUCCCCGAAUACACGGGCUCCGGCCCCAGCGAACCAGUGACAUGGUUCAAGCAAACCAUCCGCAACGCCUGCGGCCUUAUCGGCUUACUGCACGCCGUCUCCAACGGCGAAAGUCGCAAACAUAUCAUCCCGGGCUCAGACCUCGACACUCUGCUUAAGCAGGCAGAGAACUUGGCACCGGUGGGCCGGGCUGAUUUGCUGUACGAGAGCAAGGCACUGGAAUCUGCACAUGCAGACGCGGCGAAAUUGGGUGAUACCGCGGCGCCGGGGGCGGAGGAUAGUGUUGAUUUGCAUUUUGUUGCGUUUGUCAAGGGGGAUGAUGGGACUUUGUGGGAGCUUGAUGGGCGUCGGAAGGGUCCGCUUGCUAGGGGGAAGUUGGGGCCUGAUGAGGAUGCGUUGAGUGAGACUGCACUUGGACUUGGUGCGAGGCGGUUCUUAAAGGUGGAAGCUGAGGGUGGGAACCCGGAUUUGCGGUUUAGUCUUGUGAGCUUGGGCCCCCUUUUUGAUUAA